UGUUGAUUCUUGUUUACCUUUUUCUCUCUCUAAUUUUGUUAAUUUUAUUUAGAAUUUAAUAAUUUAAUGUGUAACCCAAACAAUCAACAAUCUUUUUAAUUGUUUCUCUGGUUUAAUCUGAGAAAGAAACACAAUUUAAGUGAAAGAGAGAAAGUGAAAGAGACAACAUGUGAAUCAAGUGAUACGUUUUCUUUUUGUGUAUCAUUACCUUUAUUUUUGUUUUCUUCUUGUUUUCAUUUGAUUUUUAAUUAUGUUGAACAAUUAAAUUCUAUUCUUUCUAAAUUGUUACCAUUAUGGCUUACCUGAGGAGUUCUCGUAAUUAUGUUUGGAAUGUGAAUAAUGUUCUGGGCAAAGGGGCUACCGGGGCAGUUUAUUCGGGUGUCAAUAAGUAUACUGGUGAUCCUGUUGCGGUGAAAUCUUUUAAUCAUGCCUCUCAUAUGAGACCUUAUGAAGUUCAAGAGAGAGAAUUUGAAGUUCUAAAGAAAGUAAAUCAUCAGAAUAUUGUUCGUUUAAUUGCCAUUGAAGAAGAGAAUGAAUCUCACCAUAAAGUAUUAAUCAUGGAACUUUGUACUGGAGGAAGUUUAUUCAAUAUUCUUGAUGAUCCAAUUAAUUGUUAUGGUCUUGAGGAGAAAGAGUUUAUUGCUGUUGUCAAACAUUUAGCUGCGGGUAUGAAACAUCUAAGAGACAUGCACAUAAUCCAUAGAGAUUUAAAACCAGGUAAUAUAAUGAAAUUUAUCGGUGAAGAUGGUAUUUCGAUUUACAAGUUAACGGAUUUUGGUGCUGCUCGAGUCUUGGAGGAUGAUCAGCCAUUCAUGUCACUUUAUGGAACUGAAGAAUAUCUGCAUCCCGAUAUGUAUGCACGAGCCGUUCUUCAUAAAUCAGCUGGUAAAUCGUUUCGUGCCAAUGUUGACCUUUGGAGUAUUGGAGUUACUCUUUUUCACAUAGCAACUGGAUCUCUACCGUUUAAACCUCAUGGAGGAAGAAAAAACAAAGAAACUAUGUUUAAAAUAACAACAGAAAAACAAUCAGGAAUCAUCUCGGGAUAUCAACAUACAGAAAACGGUGAAAUCGUUUGGAGUCGAAAUCUCCCGCAAACUUGUCUCCUUAGUCCAGCUAUCCAAGGAUUGAUUGUUCCUUUAUUAGCUGGAAUUAUGGAAUGUGAUUCUCAUAAAAUGUGGUCGUUCGAAAAAUUUUUCUCCACCGUAACUCAUGUUCUAUCUCAUAAUGUACUUUAUAUUUUUUAUAUCAAUCAUAUGGAAGAUGUGGUAAUUUAUCUUCAUCCAUCCGUAGGAACUCUUAACGAUUUAAAACAUAAUUUGGAAACUAAAGUAUCAAUUCCAGCCAAAAGUGCACUUCUCCUUUGGAAUAAGCAACAAAUCCAUGAUCUAUCGGAAGUUAAUUGUUCACCAGAUAAUCCAAUUUUACUUCUAAAUUCCGAUGUAACCAAAUUAAAGCCAAGUCCUUUAUUAUCGAAACAAUUACCGAAAUUUCCAGUUAUGCAUACAACAUUAACCAAUCUCGAAGAAGAUGCUCAAAAGUCUAAAAUUUGUUCCUCUAUAGCUUAUGCAUAUUCCAGAGCUAUCGAAAAGUGUGUUCUCUAUUAUCAAUUAGCCAACAUAACUCCAAUGCAUGUUAUAUCACUGAUUGAUUCCAAUUUGCGUUUACUUACUGAGAAACAACAAGCUUGCUCCCAUUUUUUCAACUCAUUAACACACCAAUUGGCUUAUUUCAGUGAUGUAGAUGAUUAUCUUAAACAUAUCGCUCAACUAUUAAAUUUGGAGGAAUCUGUUAGCAUUAAUUUUGAAUCAAUGGCCAAGGGUCACAUAUUGUUUGAAAGUUUAUCUGAUUAUUCAUCAACUUUGAUGCCCAAGAUGACAUGUAUGAAGGAAAAUGUUAAAAAUCUACAAGAAGAUUGGUAUAAGAUGAACAAAUCGACGGGUGAAGUGGACAUUGAAACAGCUAAAUCAAGGUCAAAAUAUUAUUCUCAAAAGAUUCGUGAAUCUUGGCAAUUAUUGCAUAAAGACAAAGCAGCUCGAAAUUUAACUGUGGCCGAAGAUCAACUUCACCAAUUGGAGAAGGUUAAAAUUGAUACUAAUUCUAAAAAACUGAAAGUUCUAAUGGAGGAUAUUUGCUGUACUGCGCUGUCAGAGAUUACAAAACGACUCGAAAAUUGGUACACUGGUGCUCAAGUUGCGCUCAAACAAUCGGAAUGUUUAUUUAAAGAGUUCUCAAUAUUUACCAAUAAUUGCGAAGAGUUACAACAGUGUUUGAAUAAAGUUCGAGAUGAUCAGAAAUGCCUUUGGCAAAUUACGUUUAAAAAGAUUGAACCCAAAAUGAAGGAAUCAGUCGUUUCAUCGUCGACAAUCAAUUUGACGGAAAAAUUGGCCGAUGGUCUGAAUGAUGGUACUCGAGAUUAUCGAAAUCUUCAAAAGUUUCUAAGAGAAUACGAUGAGAAAAGAGAAAGGUUUUUCUCCUUGGUUGAAGAGAAUCGAAAUCUAGUAAAUGAAUUCGAAUCAAUUUCAUUAAGAGAUAAUCAACAAUAAAUCGAUGUGAUAAUCAAUGUUUACUAUUAAAUUCCUGUUCACCUGAUGGAUAAAAAUACUGGAUUAACGAUUAAUAUUAAUCAUAGAUCUGAAUUUUCUCUAAUUAUUAAUCAUGAUCAUGGUUUUUACAAUUGCCUUCUUAUUGAUUUUAUUAGAUUGUUAACAAUUAUUACAAUGAUUAACUUUACCUGAUUUUCCAAGAGCAAAAUCAACACAUUAAGCAUAACAAUAAUAAUUUAAUUGUUGCCUUAUAGCAUUUAAAUUUGGAUUCAAUUCCCGUUAAAUUGUCUUUCCAUUUAAUCAUUCUGCAAUUAACUAAUCAUUCCCAAUUAAUUUUUGGUGUAAAUCUUCAUCUUCAAUUUUACCUGAUAAAUUGAAAACACAAAAAAUUAUCAAUCAAAGUAAAUUAUCAAUUUUACUUUGAACAAUUCAAAAUAAAAAUAAAAAUGCAAAUCUAAUGAUCUAAAUUAUGAUCAUCACUAAUUAAACUGUUAUCCAAUUCACCGAAACAUUUACAUUGUUUCUCAAUUUCCUGAGAUUAGAAACAAUUUAUCAUUGGAAAAUUAUUCUAACCAAGAAUUGAAAAUCAAUCAAUGGCUAAUUGUUGUUGAUUAAGAUAAAUGAUAUGAUAAAAUUGAAAAAAAAAUUAAUAAUAAAACAAAAAAAGAUUAAAAUUGAAAUACAAUAUGAUUCAUAUGUAUGGAUAUCAUGAAAUUCAUCAUGAAUUUUUUUCAGGUCAAUCAACUCAAUCAGUUGAAUGAAAUCCAUAGACUCAGUCAGAGAUUAUUCAACUUACAUGGUAAACAAUUUUCUAUCUAUUCCAUCAGAAGAUUAAUCAAUUGAAACAGAAUUUCAAAUCUUUCGAACGAUUAAAAUUCUAGGAAAAUUGGAAAGGUGAACAAUUAACCUGAUUGAUUGUCAUUGGAAAUCGAAAGUGAAUUACAAUUAGAACAAAAUUUGAUUACAAUUAACGAAGUACAAUAAGGUAACUGUAAGAAAAUUAGAGUAAAAGAGAUAAUAGAAUUUUCUUUUUGCGCCGUCGUCGAUUCCUCUUCGAACCAGGAACAGUUCUUGAACCCAGAAUUCGAGAGAGUUACCUUUCUGAUCAUCAUCAUCUUCUUCUUCUCUAUCAUCCUCAUCAUCCUUUCGAAUUCUCUUUCUUCUCUUCUCAUCUCUUUCUUCAGUACAACAAACUCCAAGUCACUUGUUAUUAACCAGGGAUAAAACUCCCAACAGUUUUUGAUACAAUUCUUACUCCCAGUUAUUAAUUGUUGUUAAUUUCUCGAUAAAUAUUAAAUUGUUGUUGAUUC